AAAAAAAGGCAGAUAUUUCAGGCUCUCGCUUGUUUAGCGUGCGACUUAAGUCGCAGGAGUAGCAACCAAACAAAUAAAUCUCUCUGCUCCCGUCAAUUGUAUUUUGAACGUCGAGCGACGAAAAAGACUGAGGUCUUACCGCCUUGUCCAACAAUCUCACAAACAACACUCUCUCUCUCUCUCUCUACGAAUUUCACAAUGGGACGACAAGUGAACUCCAUUGACGAUCUCUCUCCCUCUUUAUCCACAUCCUCCAAGCCAUCUUCAAUGGGCUCCUCCGUAAUCCCCAUCAUCAACAAGCUUCAAGACAUCUUCGCUCCCAUCGGCGCUGGCAGCGAGCUUUCGAAGGUUGAGUUGCCUCAGGUGGCGGUGAUCGGCAGCCAGAGCAGCGGCAAGUCCAGCGUGCUCGAGGCCCUCAUCGGCCGCGACUUCCUUCCCCGUGGUUGCGAUAUAUGCACUCGGAGGCCGCUGGUUUUGCAGUUGGAGAAUCGCUCGGAUUCCGGUGAUGAUGGCCGCGAGUGGGGCGAGUUUCGGCACUUGCCUGGGAAGCGAUUCUAUGACUUCUCCAAGAUUCGCCUAGAAAUUCAGGCUGAGACUGAAAGAGAAGUUGGAUAUAACAAGGGAGUUUCAGAUAAGCAAAUUCGCUUGAAGAUCUCAUCUCCAAAUGUUCUUAAUAUCACUCUUGUUGAUCUACCUGGGAUCACUAAGGUUCCUGUGGGAGAUCAACCUAGAGAUAUAGAAGCAAGGAUUAGGAAGAUGAUAAUGUCUUAUAUAAAGCAAGAAGCCUGCAUCAUAUUGGCAGUUAGUCCGGCAAAUUCUGAUCUGGCAACAUCUGAUGCACUGCAGAUGGCUAAAGAGGCCGAUCCAACCGGUUCCCGGACUAUUGGCGUAAUUACAAAGCUAGACAUAAUGGACAGGGGAACUAAUGCCCGCAAUUUUCUGCUUGGAAAAGUUGUUCCACUUCGCCUAGGUUACAUUGGUGUUGUGAAUCGCAGUCAGGAGGACAUAAAUAAGAACCGUAGCAUUGCAGAAGCACUUGCAUAUGAGGAACAGUUCUUCCGGGAUAAUCCUAUAUAUAAUGGUCUCUCUGAUCGUUGUGGCAUCCCCCAGCUAGCUAAGAAGUUGAAUCUGAUUCUAGAACAGCACAUUAGAACUGUUCUCCCUGGUUUGAAGGCAGAGCUAAAUUCUCAUUUACUCACUGUUGUUAAGGAGCUACGUACAUAUGGGGAAGCUAUGGAAUCAAAAGCUGAGCAAGGAGUGAUUCUGUCGAAGAUUCUGUCAAAAUACUGUGAAGCUUUUUCUGCAAUGGUGGAUGGGAAAAGUCAAGAAAUGUCAACCAAAGAGUUGUCGGGGGGAGCCAGAAUCCACUACAUUUUUCAGUCAAUUUUUGUGAAGAGCUUGGAGGAAGUGAAUCCUUGUGAAGAUUUUUCUGAUGAGGACAUUAGAACAGCUAUCCAAAAUGCUACUGGUCCUACAAAUGCUUUGUUUGUUCCAGAGGUCCCAUUUCAAGUUUUGGUUAGAAGACAAAUUGCUCGAUUGUUAGAUCCUAGUCUUCAGUGUUUACAACUUGUCUAUGAUGAACUAAUAAAGAUGAGCCGUGCUUGUGAGGCAAUGGAGAUACGAAGAUUUCCACUAUUACGAAGGCGUUUGGACGAAGUCAUGGGGAAGUUUUUGCGUGAUAGUGUAAAACCUGCUGAAAGAAUGAUAGGAAACAUUAUUGAGAUAGAGAUGGCCUACAUAAAUUCUUCACAUCCAGAUUUUAUUGGUGGAAAGAAAGCAAUGGAGGAUGCUAUGCGGGAACUGAGAUCUUCUCAGGAUGAUACUAAUGUCAAAAAGGUAUCCACGUCAGAGAGGGGCCAGAAAUCUCAAGUUGUCCAGCCUAAGUCUGUUUUGACUGGAGUUUUGCCUAACCAGGGAACUCAUCUUCAGUCCAACAAUGACACACCUAUAUCCGUUGCAGGUAAUUCAUCCACAAAGACUUGGGGCAUUCCAUCUAUAUUUGGGAGUCGGGCAUCAUCUGCAGAGAGUUCAGCUAAUAGAUCUCUCAAUGAAACUGUUUCUGGUAGAUCUCUCGUUGAAACUGUUUCUGAUAGAUCUCUCGAUGAAACUGUUUCUGAUAUGGAACGGAUGCCUUCUGUGAUCCAAUUGAGAGAGCUCCCUGCCAUCUUAAGGCCAUCAGAAGCACAAACAGAUAAUGAAGCAGUUGAAAUAAUAGUAACCAAAUUACUCUUGAGUUCUUACUAUGACAUUGUCAGAAAGAACAUUCAAGACUUUGUUCCAAAAGCUAUAAUGCAUUUUCUGGUUAACCAUACAAAAACGGAUCUUCUGAACACCUUUAUACAGAAACUGUACAGAGAGAGCCUUUUUGAAGAGAUGUUGCAGGAGGAAGAUGAUGUUGUCAUGAAGAGAAAACAGACAAGAGAAGUGUACCAUGUCCUGCAACAAGCUGUUCAGACACUUGAUGAGGUUGAAGCUGAUGUGUCUUCACGGGGUUCAAGCUUGGGUGCUGCUGCUGCUGCUGCUACCUCUGGAUUGCCAAGGAUCUCAGGCCUUUCAUCCAAUCCCUAGUCAAUAUGAAAUGGUGAGAACAGGCCAUCUUACACGUCCACAAAUUCUGCUGCUCAGAUUACUCCAAUUUGGCGAUCAGUCAUUGCCUGAAAACUCAAAUGGUGGCCUUCACAGAUAUUACGUGGGGGGGGG